GCCGGGCCGGGCGGCGAUGGCGGCGCGGCCCGCGCUGCUGCUGCUGCUGCUGGCGGCGGCGGCGGGCCCGGCCCGCGGCUCGCAGGGGGACCGGGAGCCGCUGUACCGGGAGUGCCUGAGCCGCUGCGAGCGGCAGAACUGCUCGGGGGCCGCCCUGCGGCACUUCCGGGACCGCCAGCCGCUCUACAUGGGCCUGACAGGCUGGACGUGCCGGGACGACUGUCAGUACGAGUGCAUGUGGCUCACGGUGCGGCUCUACCAGCGCGGGGGGCACCGGGUGCCGCAGUUCCACGGCAAGUGGCCGUUCCGGAGGUUCCUGUGUUUCCAGGAGCCCGCCUCCGCCCUCGCCUCCUUCCUGAACGGCCUGGCCAGCCUGGUGAUGCUGCGGCGCUACCGCGCGGCCGUGCCCCCCGCCGCGCCCACCUACGGGACCUGCACCGCCUUCGCCGGGGUCUCCUUAAACGCCUGGUUCUGGUCCACGGUUUUCCACACGCGGGACACGGCGCUGACGGAGAAACUGGAUUAUUUCUGCGCUUCGGCCGCCGUCCUGCACUCGGUGUACCUGUGCUGUGUCAGGACGCUGGGGCUGCAGCGCCCAGCCUUAAUCAGCAUCUUCAGGGCCUUCCUCCUCCUCUUCCUCACCUGCCACAUCUCCUACCUGAGCCUCGUGCGCUUCGACUACGGCUACAACCUGGCGGCCAACGCGGCCCUGGGAAUGCUGACGGUGGGCUGGUGGCUGCGCUGGUGCCUGGGGCACGGCCGGCGCCUCCCGCACGUGUGGAAAUGCGCGGCCGCGGUGCUGCUGCUCCAGGCGCUGGCGCUGCUGGAGCUCCUGGACUUCCCGCCCCUGCUCUGGGUGCUGGACGCCCACGCGCUCUGGCACAUCGGGACCAUCCCCCUCAACGUGCUCUUCUACAGUUUCCUGAUGGAUGACAGCCUCUACCUCCUGAAGGCCAACUCCGACCUCCUCAAAGUGGACUAGAGCUGCUGAAGGGGGGAGAGGAGAAGCCCCUCGUGCCCCCCCCAGGGUCCUGCCCUGCCCUGUGCCAAGUGACCCCCCCGGCUCCCCCCUGCCACGGCCUCCUCCUCCCCCCAGUUGCCUUCUGAGGUUUGUUCUUCUCCCCCCCCCAAAACCCUGUGCCCCCCCCUCACCCCUCCCUGGGGGGCUGGGGACCCCCAGUGCUGGUGCACAGGGGGCAAGGGGCAGCUGAGCCCCCACCCCUGGACCCCCCUGGGGCUGAACCAUGAGGUGACAGUGGUCAUGGUGGGGAGGGGGACACGUGGGUGACUGUGGGGGGGUGUCUGUGCACUUUGGGGGCCUUGCUGGGCCCUGCUGGGUGGCUCUGGCAGGGGUGGGGGGUGAUGUGUGGGUGCCUUGGGGCUGGGAGUGCCCCCCCGGCCCAGAGGGGCUGUGCCCCCCCUGGGGCUGUGCCCCCCCCACUCCCCUUGCCUGGGUGUGCUGUGGGAUGUGAAUAAAGCUGAGUUCAGCCUGUG